UCGCUCCCACACUUUCAUGGUCACGUGCUCCCAGAACAGAGGUCACGGAGCCGCAGACCAGGGCCGAGUCACAGGCUCGUUUGGACCUCCCCGGCCUCUCAGCCUGAAGUCUUGGUCCUCUCACUGAAGCUGGACCUGGUGCGGCCCGGCAAAUGGGCCUCGCAAGUGGGUGUGUUUCUCGCUGCCAGUUCAUGCAGGAACAGUGGCGCUGAACCUGCAGGUCUCUUGACCGCUGUGUAUUGUCAUGAAGGUGAACAACAAGUCAAAUCAACGCGCGGUUGAUUCACGCACACACACCUACAGAUGUCUGCCUCCGUGUCCCGGCGUGUUCUUACGGCUGUGUUUCGUUGCUCACCUGCGCGGACUCGUGGCGGCUUGUUUUUGCGCAGCAGACAGAUGUCGUCCACACGAGUGCGCGAGCGCUGGACGCUUCAGCGGCUCGAGGUUGUCCGAUGCUGCCAUCUACUGGCCAUUGGCUGGCACGGCGUUGGACCGGGCACUUGAGCUUCCUGGCCAGCUGAAGCGUCAGAGCUGGAUUCUUGGAGGUGAGCGGCAGAAGAACACGUGUUGCCCUCCAUUCGACAGUGUGAGAUGAAAACAACGAGCCAAGGAGGAGACAAUGGAUGGAGAUGAAACGUAGCAGUGGGAGUCAGGAGAUGAGGCUGUUUCCAAGUCAGGGAAGUGCGGCGUGCUGAUGGGGAACUCCCCUGCAGGCCUGCUGCGGACCACGCGCUUUGACCAAGUUCUCCACAACUACAUCGAGGCUUCGCUGAGGUCCAGCACGGCGGCGCCUCGACCCAUCUUCGCUCAGCUGUACCUGGAGGCGGAGCAGCCCCUGUCUGAUGGGCGCAUGGAGAAGGAAGAAGACGAUGACGAAGACUUCUCCCCGAGCCCUCCGAUUCCCUACCUGAUGAAGUCGCCGCCGGCGGGCUGCUGCACAACUGACGGCUUCUGCCAGGCGGGCGGAGAUCUGCGUCUGUCUUCGCUGGGGUCACAGCCGCUGGAGGUUCCUCCGGGCUUCACCCUUGUGGGAGUCAAGUCCCCCUCGCUGCCUGAGACGCCGCUGGUGUGCGCUGUGGAUUGUCGCUUCCUGCCGGACGAGCGGGGGCGCCACGCUCUGCUGGGCUUUUCUGGAAACUGUGUCGGCUGCGGAGAGAAGGGCUUCCACUAUUUCACCGAGUUCUCUCAACAUAUGAACCUGAAGCUCAGCAGCCAGCCCAUGAAGCAGAAGCACUUGAAAUACCACCUGCACAGAAACAGCCAGGGCCUUCUGGUGCGGGGGGCGCCCAUCUGCUGGAGGGCACACGAUGGCCGUGCCAAGGCGCCGGGGUCGAGUCCCGCCAAGAGACACGUGACCUCAGAGCAACACGCACCAAAUAAGGCGGCACACGCACCUGGCAGCUGCGCAGGUGUCGACUCAAACGCUCCGACCGCUGAGGCCGCUCACGUGCCGACGAACGGGAACCACGUGGCGCCCCCCUCCGGACCAGGGAGACCCCAGGCUGCAGGAGCUCUUGCUGGACCACCCAAAAAGCGGCACAAAGGUUGGUCCCCAGAUUCCCACCAGGACACGGUGAAGUCGCCGCCCUCCUCCUCUGCCACUUCACUGCCCCCCGCCCCCCCGACCCGACCAGCAGAGUCGGGGACCCCCGUCUGCUCCUCUCAGGGGGGUCCCCCAGACCCCCCAGUGGCCGUGCCGGAGCAGCUGCUGCACACCUGUGGGCUGCAGCCGGUGCUCUUCACAGGUCACGGUGCUCUUCCUCAGCUGACUGGAAACGUGAAGGAGGUCCUGGUCAGUUCUCUCCUCCAGACUUGCUACCUGAGCUCCCAGACGCUGCCCAGGUUCUACCAGCACUAUGGACCGUCCCCUAUCCAGCCACUGUCCACCGAGAUGCAGAUCCUGCUCACAGUCUACUACCUGGUUCAGCUCGGCCCUGAUCAAGUUCCGCUGAUUGAGGACCUGGAGCAGAUUUUCAUGAGGUCGUGGAGAGAGUCCCACCUGAGUGAGAUCCGGCAGUCCCAGCAGCCUCAGACACAGGGCCGACACUUUGCUGUUGAGAGCUGCAGUGUCCUGCCUGGAGCGCCGGGGCGUCCCUCCUUCUCGGCGCCCGGCCAGCAGGCCGUGACCCCGGCCCAGCUGCCCUGGCUCGCCCAGCUGGCCGCGUCCUCCAGCGGGGACGGGGUGACGGUGCUGACCGGAUCUCUGGCUGAGGCGCUGCAGCAGACCCUCCUCCGGCUGAAGGACGGACACUUCUCCAACACCAGCUACGUGGUCAUCAUCGCCACGGCCCCCGGACAGGAAACCCAGUCUUGUGUGGUGGUGACAGGAAAGCAGCAGUGCCGCGCUCUGGCGGAGGGAAUGUUCAGCCCCGGUGACAGUCUGAGAGAGAUCAGCCGGCAGCUGUCCACCGCUGCUGCCCAGGAGCUCAUCCAGUGCUGCAACUCCCUUGGGCAAGACGGAGACUUGGACUCGCUCCUGGAUGAUGCUGUGGUGGACAGCAGGGACUCGUCCAGCAGCCCGGUGUCCAGCCAGGAGAAAGGUCUCCAACAGGGGAGCAGCCCCGGAGGCUCCUGCCCAGGUAUGAGAGCAGCCUCGGCAGGUGUCAGGCCAGAGGCGGAGCCUCAGCCAGACUCAGCCAGCUGUCUGUCGUCAGAGUACGCGGUGCAGUGGCAGGAGGUGCGGCCCGUCCAGCUGGCGGUGGCCAGGAAGCUCUUGUCCCACGUCUGUGCCAUCGCAGACUCCAGCACCCAGAACCUGGACCUGGGCUCCUUCGACAGAGUCAGCUUCCUCAUCUUGGUCCCUCCCUCCGAAGUCACCUUCCAGCAGACCGUGCUGCACCUGUGCGCCUCAGGUGUUCUGCAGGAGCUGGGCAGCCUGGAGCAGGACUCUGGCUCUCAGCAGGAUGCUGAGCGCUACGUGGUGAAGAUGGAUGUGAGGGCGCGGGCUAGGAUCCAUGGCUUCAUCCAGGAAGCCAGCAGCAACUCCUACACGCUGUACAUCCUGGUGCAUGACCACGCCCACUGGGACAUCAGCAGCGCCUCUUGCAGUGGCUCCGACAGCGGCAUCGGUCUGGUGGACCGGCUCCUGAACUCCCGGCAGGUCAAGGACGCUCCCAACAUCCUGGUCCUCCACGUCACCUCCUUCCCCUUCGCCCUGCAGACUCAGUGCACCCGCAUCAGCCCCUACAACGAGAUCCACUGGCCGUCCUCCUUCAGUAACGACGUGGAUUUGUACCACGAAAAGACUCUGUACUUCGGCGUGUCGGAGCUUCUGGAGUCGACCCGUCUGGGAGCGGGACUUCCCCUGCUGCGCUGCGACUCGUCUUUCGAGCAGAUGGCGUCGUCUCUGGAGGAGAAGUUCCCUGAGCUGCACAGCACCGUGGUCCGCACCACGCUCCUGGUCCAGCACUACUGCGUGGCUCUGAUGGCCGUGUCCGGCCGAGUCAGCGACUGCCACAGCCUGCAGAAGCACACGUCUGUGGAGACGCUGGAGAUGGUCCAGGCUCUGCUGAGCGCUGCCCAGCAGUGCCCGGCGCACCACGGCCACAUGCUCCUGCUGCGGAUCCCGUCCUCUGCCAUGGCGGCCUGGGCUCACCGCCGGCUCAGCAGAGUCCGCCGGCAGCUGGGGCUGGAGGAGACCUUCGAAAUCAUCCUGGGAAGCCCUGGCCACGCCCUGAGUGUGGGCGCCAGCUUCACGGACCAGAUCAAGGUCUGGCUUAAAAUCCAGGAUGCAGGAUGGGUUCCUCGGACGUACCUGGAGCUGGAGGCGCUCCCCUGCAUCCUCAUACUCUCAGGUGCUGAACCGCUCGGCGAGUCUCUGCCCAGGUCUCUGAAGUACUGCGACCUGCGCGUCAUCAGCUGCUCCUACCUCCAGCGCACCAGCCUGGAGCAGGAGCUGGGACUGGCCGCCUACCUGGUGAGGGCCGAGUCCAGCGCGCAGCACAACUGUGGUCCGGGGAGUGACGUCUUGGAGAGUGACGGCGAGAAACUCAGCAGCACGGACAACGAGGAGGAAGAGACGCGUGAGAGUGCAGAGUCUCCAGGGUCCUCCGGCCAGAUGCAGCAGUCCCGUCCCAACUCUGCUCCGAGCAGCUCAGACUCGGGCCUGAAGCCUCAGCCACCUCCAGCUCCCCACCACAGAAGCCUCCUGCAGGGUCAGCCUGCUGCUGUCCAGCAGUCCAAGUCCUCCUCCUCUGACUGCUCGUCCGGAGCCUCGUCUCCCAGCCGGAGCUGCUCCUGGGCCCGGGGAGUGGCCCGGCCGCCCGCGGUGCUCCUGCCUCGCUCGCUCUACGACGUCAUCACUGCCAGCGACGGCAGCGGGCUUCCUCGCUGCACCUCCUUCCUGCCGCACGCGUCUGUGGCCUGGGCCAGUAGCUUCAGGCCGCUCCUCAGUAAGAUGAUGACGUGCACAGAGCAGUCGCUGUAUUACCGCCAGUGGACGGUGCCACGGUCGCAGCACAUGGACAGCAACAAUCGCACUGAAGGGCGGAGCGACAACUUCCACCCCCGCAGGCUGCUGCUCAGCGGCCCCCCCCAGGUGGGGAAGACGGGAGCGUACCUGCAUUUCCUUGGAAUUCUGUCCCGGAUGCUCAUCAGACUAAUGGAGGUGGACAUCUACGACGAGGAGGACAUCAACAUCAACUCCGCCUCUGAGGAAGCGCUCUUCAACCCGGUCAACCUGCCCUGGCCCAAUGCUGAGGUUUUGAAGAGCGCCCCCUUCGACUACACAGUCCACCACCCCAAGUAUGAGGACAUCAGCGCGGUGUUCUGCCCAGGAUUCAGGCCCGGCCCCAGUGGUACGUCGUCUGGUGUUGGGUUGCGCUGGUCUGAAGUUAAAGCGCUCAAUUCCCCAGCGCCGCGGCAGGAGGACGUGUAUCUCCGCAGGCGGACCACCAGAAUCAAGCUGUCCAAGUACGCAGCCUACAACACCUAUCACCACUGUGAGCAGUGUCACCAGUACCUGGGCUUCCACCCACGCUACCAGAUGCAGGAGUCCACUCUGCACGCCUUCUCCUUCACACACCUGCUGCUGGGCCAAGAGAUCCAGCUCUACUUCAUCAUACCCAGGUCCAAGGAGCACUUCUUCAGGUUCAGCCACCCGGGAGGGCGACUGGAGAGCAUGAGGCUGCCGCUGGCCUCUGACUUGAACCCGGACGGCAUCAAGACUCCCAUCUUCACGCCGACCACCGGCCAUCACGAGCACGGCCUCUUCAACCUCUUCCAUGCCAUGGACGGGGCCUCGCACCUUCACAUCCUGGUGGUGAAGGAGUACGAGAUGGCCAUCUACAAGAAGUACUGGCCCAACCACGUCCUGCUGGUGCUUCCCGCCAUCUUCAACGGAGCCGGCAUCGGAGCAGCCCACUUCCUCAUCAAGGAGCUCUCCUAUCACAACCUGGAGCUGGAGCGGAAGCUGCGGGGGGAGGAGCGGGGUGCUCCCGCGGCGGACGUGUGGCCCUUCAUCGUGGUGGCCGACGACUCCUGCGUCAUGUGGAACGCGGCGGAGCCCUGUGGUGGAGCAGCAGAGCGGCCCGCCUCCCUGAAGCAGGUCCUGCAGCACAUGGAGAGCAGCCCGGACCUCAGCCACUACGCCCUGUGUGGACUCAGGAAGUGGAGCGCCCGGGGAGUCACAGGUUUGAAACAGGCAGACUCCUUUUCCAGAGGUCAUCUCCACGACUUCCUCCUCCUCAAUGUGGAGCGCUGUCAGGGCGUCCAGUACGACCAGAAGCGAUUCACCUGUCACGACGUGGACUUCACCCUGCGGCUGCACAGCGCCGGGCUGCUCGUCUGUCGCUUCGACCGCUUCAGCGUGAUGAAGAAGCAGAUCCCCAUCGGAGGCUUCCGGACCUUCAUCAUCAAGACCAAGGUGACGGACGUGCCGACGUCAGUGGGCCCCCCGCAGUACGUCUGCGCCCCCGACAGCAAACACCUGUUCCUGGCGACGCCUGCUCAGCUGCUGCUGGAGAAGUAUCUGCAAAGCACCGGCCACAAGCUCUUUCCUCUCAGCACCAGCAACUACUCGCAGCCGGUUCUGUCUGUGGACUGCUACCUCAACCUGGGCCCCGAGGUGACGCUGUGCUUCGUCAGCUCCAGACCACACGCCGUCAACAUCAGCAGCGCUGGGCUGCUGUUCAGCGGCCUCCUGCUCUGCUUCCCCGAUGCCUUCGUCACUCCGUCUUUCCUCAAGAGGUUCUCCUUCAUCGAAGGAGCAACUCUGUGCGUCAUCAGCGCCGACCGCAGCUCGCUGAGGCAGACUGUGGUCAGACUGGAGCUCGAGGAGGAGUGGAGGUUCAGGCUCAGUGACGAGUUCCAGACCGCUAAUGCCAAAGAGGACCGACCCAUUUUCUUUCUGACGGGGAGACACAUCUGACGGCUCCCUCGUCGGCUCAGGGAGGAGCGCCUCCGGCUGGUGCCCCGCCAAGCCUGUGGUGGAGCGUGUGCGUCGGUGUUUUCACUUUGUCUAAAUGUAAAUAUCCUCUGUGCUGUGAACACGUUUGUGGCUGCUGCACUCUGGC